AUGGAGCCUAAGCAGGUCUCCUCCUCCUCCCAGGGAGAGCUGAAAUUGAUGACAGAGGAGAUUGAUCAAGCCCACCCAAGCAAUUUAAGCAAAGAUGCGGAAUCUGAUCAGCCAGAUGCCAAAGCAUUGCAGAAACAGCUGCGCAGGAUCUACUGGAAGGUCGACUUUCGACUCUUGCCCAUUCUUGGAGCUCUUUAUGCUGUUAGUGGAAUUGACCGCAUAAACGUGAGUGUUAUCCAAUCCUCGAAAACGCAAGUAUGCAUACUGAAGUCUGCCGUGAAGUUGUCCUCCGCUCGCGUGGCAGGGAUGCACAAGGAUCUCCAUUUCUACAUCGGUAAUCGAUACUCCAUCGUCCUCCUCGUCUUUUUCAUCACGUAUUUCUUGUUUGAAAUUCCGAGCAACAUUCUCCUAAGGAAAAUUGGCGCUGCUCGCUGGUUGUCGUUCCUCGCAAUGAGUUGGGGAAUUGUUAUCAUGUCCGGUAUUCAGCCUCUUAUUUUCAUCCGACUACUCCUUGGAUUAUUUGAGGCAGGGUUUUUCAUUGCCUGGUUUUACUCCAUCAACGUUAUUGCAAACGGAUUUGGCUCACUACUGGCCUAUGGCAUCAUUCAGAUGGAAGGCCGUGGCGGUCUCAGAGGGUGGAGAUGGAUUUUCGUGAUCGAAGGCCUGAUUACAUGCGCCCUCGCUAUCCUCGGAUAUUUCCUUAUCAUUGAUUUUCCCGACAAGCUAUUAAAAAAGAAGUCUUUCCUAACCCCUGAGGAAGUCGAGCUUAUCAAGGCGGAACUGGAUAAAGACCGAUCGGAUGCGGUCCACGAUCCAAUUACCCUACAGAAGAUCGUCCGUACACUUACGCGCUGGGAGCUCUGGGUGUACGCGCUGCUUUUCAUGUGUGUCGCCGCUUCGAUCUACGGCUAUGCCUUCUUCGGUGUCGUUAUCCUACAAGGGAUGGGAUACUCUCCCGGGCGCGUUUUCUUGCUCUCAGCACCACCAGCCGUUGCCAGCGUUCCAUUCUCCCUUGUCAUUUCGUACCUUGCUGAUAGGACCAAAUUACGAGCUCCAUACGUGGCCUUCAUGGCUAUCAUAUGCACAAUCGGCUAUGUCCUUGUUGCAUACCCAAAGCAGAACGGUGUUAGGUACUUCGGGAUCUUUUUGGGUCUGGCUGGAGCAAACGGUGGUCUCCCAGCCGUCCUGGCCUGGCAAGCGAAUAAUAUCCGAGGCCAAAGCACUCGAGCCGUUGCAUCCGGUCUUCAAAUCGCCUUUGGUGCCGUCGGUGGGAUCUACGCCUCCCUCACGUUCAUGGAAGACGAAGCUCCGACGUAUUUCAGCGGAUUGUGGGCGGGAAUUGUACGUUCUUCCAAAUGCGCUUUUGAAGCCGCACCAUCACCUGUGGGCUGCGUUGACUGA